AUGGUAAUGGGCUAUAGUAAGGCUGGCGAUAUGGAUCUGGCUGGAGCUUUGUUUGAUAAGAUGUCGGUUAAGACAUCGGUUCCUUCGACUAUAAUUAUCUUUGAAUAUGCCGAAAAGGGGUUUGCAAGCGAGGCUAUUGCAUUGUACGAUCGGGAUGGUGUCGAGUCAUGUUUGUUAGUGGCCGGUGUAGAAGUUCAUGGUUUGAUAGAGAGGCUUAAGUUUCGAGGUAGCAUAGGGGUGUGUAAUGCAUUAGCUAAUACGGAUGCACAGUGUGGUAGUCUCAACAAAGCAUCGAGUGUUUUCAAUAGAAUGUCGAAACGAGACGUCGUUUCAUGGAAUGGCAUGCUACAUGCGUUCUCCUUGCACGGCCAUGGCAGGGAAGCCCUUCGUGUUUUCAAAGCAAUGGAAAAGGGGAGGAUUUCAGCCAGAUCCACUUACUUUGUUGCGGUCUCGUGUGCUUGUUCCCAUGCAGGCUUUAUCGACAAUGGCAUACGGUGCUUCUACAGAAGGAAAAGGAUUACUUGGUCGUUCCUGAAAUCGAGCUUAUUAGUUGUUCCCAUGCCUUUUGAACCAAAUGCCAAUGGAGCAUGUCCGAUGCAUGGUGCUACCGAACUUGUAGAGAUAGUGCGUUAUCACCUUACAUCGGAUCAUUUGGAUCCCGGGAAUUAUUCCAACGAGAGAUGGGGACGGCAUUUCGAUGGUAAGGCUUCGGACCUUAAGCGAGUUGUUCAUCCCAAAGAUGCAACCUUGCUUGUAGAAGGCCAUAUUUUAAAAACCGGGACAGAGGUUGAUUCAAUUAGGCUUCCUAUUAUCGGUAUUGACCGCACUUCUUACGUUAACAUGCCAUAA